CGGGCGGCGCGGCGCCCUCCGCGAGGGCGGUCAUCCAGGCCCUCAAGAGGGCCGUGGGCCCGGGCGCGGGGGUGCCGCCGCCGGAGGUCGUGGGCGCCGCCCUGCGCCAGGCCGGCGUGCCCAUCACGGACCAGAGCAUCGUCCAGGCGCUGGUCGAGGCCGCGGGCCCCGCGGCGAAGCCGCCGUGGGCCCCCAGCCUGGAGGACAUGGAGGCGGUGCGCGCGGCGGCGAACAGCGGCGACGUGGGCGUCCUGCAGGGGCUGCCGGCCGGGGCGGGGGAGGCGGAGCCCGUGGAUGCGGCGGUCCGCGAGGAGGUGGCGGCGAUGAUGGCCGCCGAGGGCGGCGGGCCUUCCGCCCGCGACGUGGUGCGGGCGCUGAAGCUGGCGGCGGGGGAGGGCCUGGGCGCGCCGCCGCCAGAGGUGGUCGGCGCGGCUUUGGCCAGCAGCCGGGUGCAGAUCACCCCAGAGACCGUGAGGGAGGCCCUCGAGGAGGCGGCCGGGCCCGGCGGCAGCCCGCCGGACGAGGCCGCCCUGCAGGCCGCGCUGGCGGCGGCGUUGGGCGGCGCCGCGAGGGGACUUGGCGCAGAUCCCGCCGCCGCGCCGGGCGCCUCCGCGCAGUCGCCCGAGGAGGUGGU